GUAUGCAGCCUCUCCCUGGAUCCGAACUACCAGCUUUCCGGCAAUUAUCCUGGGUCUGUGCCUGGCUCCCUACUUUCGGUGCCUCUUCAACAAAGAGGUGGCUUUCGUUGAUAUGUUGAGCAUUGACCAGACCGACCCUGAGCAGAAGGAGCUAGGAAUCUACAGCAUCGGCGGGUUCUUGAAAAUGUCCGACAGACUGCAUGUCUUGUGGUCGCCGGAUUAUUUGACUCGCUUGUGGUGUGUCUUUGA